UUCGAUGAUACCAGCAAUUAUUUCUACCCCCAAUUCCUCCUCUCGCUGUCUUCCUCUCUUAUAUCCCCUUCUCUCCACGAUCGCUAAACCCCUGGUGGAAUCGGCGCCGUUCGACGCCAUCGGCAUUGGCCUCGAUGGAGCAGCCGCCGCCUCCUCCUGCCGCCACGUAUGCCAUCAUCGGCCCCGAACUUCCACUCUUCGCCGGGAGCUCGUCGUACCAGGAUCCGGAUAUCGUGGAGGUCCCGCCGUCGUCGUCGGCCUGGACGCCCAGCCAGCCGAAGCGGAAGCGGAGCCAGGUUGUUCCUCAUGAUGUAAUUGAGCUUGAUGGAGAUGAUGACGACCCUGAUGAUGUCAUGAUACUUGGCGAUAGUACUUCAGAUUACAAGAACAAACAACCUGUUAGACAUGAUAAAAGCUGGCAAAAGCAAGUAAAGGAUGCCUUAUCCAAUGAUCUUCUGAGUUCAAGUGCAAAUAAUGGCUCUGAACAUGCUGCUCCACUGGAUAGUUUAAAAAUCUAUGAUUCAGGACCGCUUGAUCUCAAGUAUUUUGAUGAUCUUGAAAAUGAGUAUGCUUAUGAUGAAGAUGACUAUGAUGAUUAUGAAUCUGGUGCUGAAGUGAUUGAGAAUGUUUUCAAUUUCAAUUUGGCUGCAAAAUUCGAUGAUUUGGACCUGCCAACUGGCAUUGAGGCAACUGUACCAUGGUUGAAGAAUUCUGCAGCCGAAGAGCCAAGCAAGAACAAGCAGACACUAGUGCUUGAAGAUGAAAUUGAUACGAAAUAUAGAUUGUUUAAACAAUUUGAUACUGUUCGCGACCACUCAGAUCAUCAUUUCACCAGACCAGGGCAUCUCAAAAUUGCUCCAACUGUUAAGAAACCUUCAAAAGAUUGGGCAAAGAGGAUUCAGCAUGAGUGGAAGGUCUUGGAAAAAGAUCUACCUGAGACAAUAUAUGUUAGAAUUUAUGAGGAAAGGAUGGACAUUCUUAGGGCCGUUAUUGUUGGACCAGCUGGAACUCCAUAUCAUGAUGGCCUUUUCUUCUUCGACUUUUUCUUUCCUCCGAAUUAUCCCCGAGUACCUCCGCUGGUUCAUUAUCACUCUGGUGGGCUCAGACUAAAUCCAAAUUUGUAUGCUUGUGGGAAGGUUUGCCUUAGCCUUCUCAAUACAUGGUCUGGCAGUGGAUGUGAAAAGUGGAAUCCAUCAAAUUCAACAAUGCUUCAGGUCUUGGUCUCUAUUCAGGCUUUAGUUCUCAAUGCCAAGCCAUUCUUUAAUGAGCCAGGAUAUGCACAAACAGCCAAUACAGAUUAUGGGGAGAAGAAAUCUCUGGCUUAUAACGAAGAUACUUUUCUCUUGUCAUGCAGGACAAUGUUAUAUUCGCUAAGGAGGCCUCCAAUGCAUUUUGAAGACUUUGUAGCCGGACAUUUCCGUAGUCAUGGGCGUAUCAUCCUUGUGGCAUGCAAAGCAUACAUGGAUGGUGCUCAAGUUGGAUGCAUUGUUGGUGAAGGCGUGCAGGACGUUGAUGAGGGCGACAAGAGUUGCUCAGCGGCAUUUAAGAGCUCUCUAAAGAAACUAUUUGAGGAUCUUCUGAUGGAAUUCACGGUCAAAGGGGCCGAUUGUGAUGAAUUCCUGGCUCAGAAGGUGAAAAUUGGAACAGCCAAAACGGCAGAUACUACACUAAGGUUAUGAAGUCAAGUUUAAAUUAACAUGGAGCUGCUAAAUAAUUUUGCCCCGUGAGGCAUCUAGGUUACAUAUUGACUUAGAGAGUCCAGAAAGAACUUAGCUGUACGGUUUAUCUAACUUAUCAUGUAAAUAAUAUUAUGUAAAUGUCCCUGGGUGGUGGUUUUGAUCCUCUCAAAUAUGUUGUGCAGGUGGUCCUUUGCUUUUCUUC